AUGAAUGCACUGCUCGUGGCGAAAACCGAUGCUGUUUUUGCUUACGACCCACAAGAGGGCAAUAUGUCUGCUAUGCCUCUUGAUGGUGAUAAGGUGAUCCUCAAGCGCUUCAAGUCCUACUUUGCUGUCGUGACGGCCGAUAGUGCUGCGCUGCCAGCAUUCACGUCAACGCCAUCUUCAAUGCCAAAGCAGACGGUGACGAUCGUGUUGGCACAAAAGGGGAUGCGCUUCAUUGCCUUCACCAGCCAAUUCACAGACGUCACGAACGUCGUGGUGGGCCUGGGGCGCGUGUUCGUCCUAUCUCGUGGUGGUGCGGACGGCAACACUGUCCUCUUCGAGCUUCGAGAGAAGCCACUGGAAGAGAGACUGGAUGUGCUCGUAAAGAAGCGCAUGUUCGAGUGGGCCGCAGAGGUUGCUCUGUCUUGCAGUGCCACCCCAGAGGUAACCGCCGACAUUUACCGGCAGCAUGGCGACGCGCUGUUUGAGAAGAGAGCCUACGAUCAGGCCUUGAGCGUCUAUGCCAAGACUGUGGAGUUGGGCCUUCCGCUCGAGCCUUCCUAUGUGGUGGAGAGGUAUCUUGAUGCCCAGAGAAUUGGCCAUGUGGCACAAUACCUGAAGAAGCUGCACGAGAAGGACAUGGCUCAGCCGGAGCACACAGCACUCCUCCUCAAGUGCUACACCAAGCUCAAGGAUUUCACGACGCUGGAGGAGUUUCUGAAGACGACCCCGCCUUCUCAGUAUGAUCAUGCGACUGCCAUCGAGGUGUUGGAGUCAGCUGCCUACCACGGCCUGGCUGCAGAAGUGGCGCAGAAGGUGGGCAGCCAUGAUGACUAUGUGCGAAUCUCGCUGGAGCAGUUCAAGAACUAUUCCACCACGGUGGAGUUUCUGCAGGCGUUGCCGCGGGUCGAGGCAGGACGCAUUCUGCUGAACUAUGGGCGGACACUGAUGCGUCACGCACCCAAGGAGACUGUGAAGUUGAUUCGUCAUGUUUGCGAUCUGCGGGAUCCGCCGAUGGACGGCCAGGCCUUUCACCAAACAGCUGAAGGUCAAGGCCCGACCGUCGACGAGCUUCUUCCGGUUUUCGCUGAUGACCUGCAGCAGCUGGAGGUUUUUCUCCGCUCCGUCUUGCUGGAUGAUGGCUGCCAGCUGCCACAAGCCCAGGCUGAGCGAUUGUUUCCGACACUCUUGGAGUUGCUGGUGAAGUCGCACAGCGCCCUGCUCGCAGAUGGCGAAGAACUCCCCGCAGAGAAACAGGAGGUGGCCAGCCGCUUGUCCGCAGACAUCAUGCGACUCAUCCGACAGUAUCCCAGCGAUGCUGCUUUGGCCAACACGCUGAUGGUCUGUCAGGCCUUUGGCUUCGUGGACGGCUUCUUCCACGCUGCGGAGCGGUUGCAUCGGCACCAGCUGCUGAUGCAAUGGUGCUUUGAGCAUAAGGAUGCGAAGCGCCUCCUGGAAGUCUGCAAGCGUUGUGGUCCAGCCGACCAAAGCCUGUGGGUGCAGGCCCUGUCCUUUCUGGCCUCCCCGGAGAGCGGCGGCGGGCACCUAGAGGAGUUGGGCGAAGUGCUGCGACACAUCGAGGACAGUGACCUGAUGCCGCUUUUACUCGUCAUCGAGACCCUCCGGUCAAGCAACGAGGUGACCAUCGGUGACGUUCGUCAGUACAUGCAGGGCCAGUACCGGCGCUUAGUCGAGUCUGUGGAAACUUCUCGCGCCAAGUCGGCUCAGGAUCGCCAGGAGAUCGCCCGCAUGCAGCAGGAGAUUAUCCAGCUUCGAACGCAGGCCAAAGAGUUCCAGAACACCCGCUGCUUCCAGUGUGGCCUGACGUUGGAAGUCCCUGCCGUGCACUUCUUCUGUGGGCAUUCGUACCACUCGUACUGCACCCCUGCCGACGGCACGUGCCCCAAGUGCUCUUCGGGGGCUCUUCCCAAGCUGUCUUUGAAGGAGCAACGAGAAGCUCAGGCAAGAAAUGCUGAGGACUUCUUUAAGUAUCUUCAGGGUGGAGCCGGAGAUCGUGGAAUACAGGCCAUGGGAGAGUGGUGCAAGUUUGGGGCCUUUGAUGCCAGCUUGGCCGGCAUGGAUCCGGAGGACGAGGAUGACUGA